AUGGCAAGCACCAACCGUCCCGCAGAUCCUUUGGCCAAGGGCACCAUCGCAACGGCCAAGCAAGGGUUCAGAGAUCUCUUCGUUUGGGACCAGCGCGUCGUGGUGCGGAACGACUAUGGCGAGGAACACUGCGAAUGGCAGAGGCCUGAGCCCUUGAAGAACCCCAUCAGCUUGUUCGCUCAGCUUAGUCUGAAAGAUUGGCUCUAUUUCCUAGUCGGCUUUCUUGCAUGGACCGCCGAUGCUUUCGACUUCCAUGCCCUAUCCAUUCAGACGACUAAGCUGGCUGCUUACUACAAGCAAUCAAACACCAACAUUACGACUGCCAUCACCCUCACCCUGCUCCUCCGAUCCAUUGGUGCGGCCUUUUUCGGUCUAGCCGGAGACAAGUUUGGCCGCAAAUGGCCCAUGGUGCUCAACAUGAUCAUUCUCGGCCUUCUUCAAGUGGCAACUAUCUACGCCAAAACUUUCCAGCAGUUCCUUGCUGUACGAAGUCUUUUCGGUCUGUUCAUGGGAGGUGUGUACGGCAAUGCCAUCGCCAUGGCUUUGGAGAAUUGCCCUGUGAAUGCUCGAGGCCUUAUGAGCGGUAUCCUGCAACAAGGUUAUUCUUUCGGCUACGUCCUUGCAGCCUGUGUUAACCUGGGCGUUGGUGGCGAAACCAACACCUGGAAGAUUGUCUUCUGGGUUGGAGCCGGCUUUUCCAUUGCAGUUGGCUUUUUGCGAGUGCUUUUCCCCGAGUCCAAGCAAUUCAUCGAAGCUAAGAAGGCUGGACACACUCAGAAAGGGUCUGGUGCUUUCUGGGCCGAGACUAAGGUGAUGCUUGCGAAGGAGUGGAAGAUGUGUGUUUACUGCAUCAUCCUGAUGACUUGGUUCAACUACUACUCCCACACUAGCCAGGACAGCUACACUACGUUCAUGAAGCAGUCAAAGCAUCUCAGCUCUGCCGGUGCAACCCGUGCUUCCAUUCUCAUGAAGAGCGGAGCCUGUGUGGGUGGUACCAUCCUCGGCUACACGUCGCAAUGGUUCGGUCGUCGUCGCACAAUCAUUUGCGCUGCUUUGAUCUCUGGCUGCCUCAUUCCUGCAUGGAUCUUGCCUACCACUGAACGUGGCCUCUCCGCUUCCGGCUUCAUGAUCCAGUUCUUCGUCCAGGGUGCUUGGGGUGUUAUUCCCAUCCAUCUCAACGAGCUGUCGCCACCUGCCUUCCGUUCGUCCUUUGUUGGUAUCACCUAUCAGCUCGGAAACAUGAUCUCGUCACCUUCUGCUCAGAUCGUCAACGCCGUCGCUGAAGCUACCAUGAUUACGACCUCGAAGGGAACAAAGUCUCCCGCUUACGGACCCGUCAUGGGCGUGGCGACUGCAAUCAUCGCCAUUGGCAUUGCGGUCACGACAGCAGUAGGACCUGAGAAGAAGGGUCGUCACUUCGAGGAGGCUGGCCCAAUUGGCGCCAGUUUGGAAAUUCCCAAGGAUAUUGACAAUGGUAGCAUUACCGAGAAGGCCGGUGCUGAGACGGUUGAGAUUGCCGACACCAAGAGGAACGACGAGAAGGUUUAG